AUGGUCAAUCGUCUCAAGAUUGGGAGAGGAAGGGGGGAGGCAGUAAACACACUUGGAGGCCAUGGAGAUGCCUUUCACUUGGAUCCUGGAGUCGACGGGGAGGGCGUGAUGGAUGAGCUUCCAGGUUGCAAUAAGGUGUUAACGGUCAACAACCUUUGCAAGAGGAAGAUAAUCCUUCCAAAUUUACUAGUAACUGAAGAGGACAUCCUCUCUUUUGUGCAGCUCAACGGUACAUGCAAACGCAUCCUUAAAGAGCUUCAUUCUUAUGAGAAAGAGGUUGAGAAAGAAACUACAAAAACUGCAGACAUGAAGGAGAAAGGAGCUGAUCCUUACGAUCUUAAGCAACAGGAGAAUAUGUUGGCCGAGUCGAGAAUGAUGGUUCCCGACUGCCACACGCACCUGGAGGCUUCCCUUGCUGACCUGACAGGAUUAUUGGAAGAGUUGAAGGAGUCGAAUCAGCAAGGUCCUGAGAUUGAGGAAGCUCAAAGCAUUAUUGCAGAGGUUAAGGCAUUGUUUCAAAGCACUGAAGGCUAUUUAUUCGAUGUGUAUGAGCCAAAGCUCGGUGAUCCCGCCCGUUCAUACGCUGCAACCCACUCCAUAUUGGCAUUGCUUUGGGAUUCUCCUCUGUCGGCUGCUGAUUUUAAGUUAGCCACUGGUUGCAUGUGAUUGGGCGGUAUAGUCAACAGUCCACACUCUAUGGGAAGAAAAUCGAUUCAUUUCUUAUUUUUGGGGCAUGGCCCAUUCGUUUUGGCCCCUCCAGAUGAGCAGCCUUGAUAACAGAAGAUUCCGCCUGCUUGCUUCAUCAACCAUUGUUUGUUUCCUCACUCUGUAAUCUUUUGCUGAUAUCUUGGUAUGCAAUUUUAUGCUUUAUUAUUUAUUUAUUUAUUUUUAAUUAAUUCUAAAGGGUGCGUUUAGUUUCACUAAAUAUCAUGAAAUUGGUGCAACCAAACACACCCUUAAAUUAGGCGAGGCCUUACUAUAGGAAGAAGAAGGUUAGAGAUCCUCUGUGGGUCCCACAUUAAAACAGAUGAGUCUCUGUUUACUUAGUUAGAAGUGACUGGCUUUGAUUUCUCUGUUACACUACUAAGCUUCUUAUGAUGAUACAUUCCCUGACUUCUGAAAUUCCAAAUGAGUGACUACUUCUUUGAA